GGUCAAUAGCGGCUGCGUCAGAUUGACUCGAAACCAUUUUGGACUUUCGGGCAUUUCUGCAAUUACGUACUACGCAUUACUUGGACUGAAUAGAUACCCAUAUCUCAAUCUUCAAUGAACCUUGCAAAGUGUCUUUGACUUCCUCAGAGCUUGUCUCACCUGUCGAUCUCGUCCCACUUGAACUAGUAGUAUAUCCGCAACAGACGAGCCCUCAUUCCCCGCGGCGCAUCCCCCUCGUCUCACGAUACAAGCUACUCUCUGUCCGCUCGGUUUUGCGCAGUGUUCCUGGGCUGCGAGCCCACCUUUUGACGCCUAACCACACACCCGUAAAAAUUUCACAACUGUUUAUUUUAUAUUCCAUUUCUUUCCCUCACACAACUUGGACCCUAAAUCCGGAAUCAUGGCCUCCAACCGAUCCCGGCGUAUCGCAAAGGAAAUAGCCGAUAUCCACGCUGAUACGCAGUCUGGGAUCACAGCCGAACCAGUAGGCGGGGAUGAAGAUCUCACACAUCUACGGGGUACAUUUCCGGGGCCCCCAGGCACCCCAUAUGAGGGUGGCACCUACGCUGUGGAUAUAAAAAUACCAACGGACUAUCCAUUUCGGCCGCCAGUAAUGAAAUUCCAAACCAAGGUCUGGCAUCCGAACAUCAGUAGCCAAACGGGUGCUAUCUGCCUUGAUACUCUGUCGUCCGCGUGGUCCCCCGUUCUCACCAUCAAGUCCGCUCUGUUGUCACUACAAUCUCUGCUUAGCACACCCGAGCCUAAGGACCCCCAAGACGCUGAGGUUGCCAAUAUGCUGCUACGGAAACCAAAGGAAUUUGAGAGAGUGGCACAAACCUGGGCUACCCUGUAUGCUGGUGCUCCUAGCAGGACUGCGGGAGAGGGCAGUGGUGGCGCCACUAAUGAGUCGCUGCGACAGCAAGAGCUCAAAUUAAAGGAAGAAGAGGAAAAGGAAGACUUAGCUAAAUACGAUGGGUACAAUAAGGACUUGAUCGACCGCUUCUGCAGCAUGGGAUUCGAUGUGGACCGUGUGGUGGCUGCCUUCAAGUACUACGGUGUUGAUCGGAUGAACGGAGAAGACUACGAACUGGAGGAGGCUUACAUGGGUGACAUUACCGCACGGCUUCUGGGUGAGCCGUAAGUGGUGCGACGCUGAAUGCCUACGGCUGACCAUCUGUUAUGACUAUGCAUGCUGGAUGGAGCUGGUGAAGCAUGAUUGCCUAGCGAGAUUUAUCUUACUUUCUUUGCUUGUUUUUCAGCCCAGAUUAUUACCCAUCACCAGUUAACUAGCUUGUUUUGAG